AUGUGUCGCAUGAUAGCUGUUUCUGGUCCUGAUCGAAAGCUGCAGAGGAUCGUGUGGAAGGGCAACACCGACCAAGAAAUUCGAACGUUCGAGUUGGCGACAGUGACGUAUGGAACAGCGUCCGCACCAUAUCUCGCUACUAGGUGUCUGGUGCAAUUAGCAGUAGAGGAAAAGGAAUCCCAUCCCAUGGCAGCAGCCGUUCUGAAGGAAGACUUCUACGUCGAUGACAUGCUGUCAGGAGUCGACGAGAUAGAUGAAGGAAAGCAGUUUGUCGAAGAAAUGGUGGAUUUGAUGCAGUCUGGUGGUUUUACGUUAAGGAAGUGGAAUUCCAACAGCGAGGAAAUAUUACGCCACGUUCCGGAGCAUCUUCGCGAUGAUCGAACAAUUCUCACGCUUGAUUCAAGCGAUUCCACUGUGAAAACGCUAGGGCUACAGUGGGAACCACGAACAGAUGCUUACCGCUUCAGCACUCCGAAGUGGAACGAGUCAGAUGCUGUAACUAAGCGCACAGUUUUGUCGGAUAUCUCCCGUUUGUUCGAUCCGUUGGGAUUGAUCGGUCCAGUCAUCGUUCAAGCAAAGCUGUUCGUACAGGAGCUCUGGGAGCGUGAAUGCAGCUGGGACACUCCAUUAAGCGAAGAGUUGAAGGAAAGAUGGCUAGAGUACCGCAGAAACAUGAUCGGCUUGGACGGAAUCACGGUUCCACGUUGGAUUGGAGUCACAAAGUCACUGGAAUCCAUCGAACUACAUGGGUUCUGUGAUGCUUCACGAAAGGCAUACGGCGCGUGCAUUUAUAUCCGAACCGUUACAAAUGAUGGUACCAUAGACGUACGGUUGCUUACAGCGAAGUCUCGAGUUGCUCCUCUAGAGAAUCUCAAGAAGAAGAAGGAGUCACUCUCCACUCCACGACUCGAGCUUUCCUCGGCACUGUUACUCGCACAUCUCUACGAGAAGGUUAUCGACAGCAUCCACAUGACCGUGGAAUCGCAUUUCUGGACAGAUUCGACAAUUGUGAAAUACUGGCUAGCGUCAGUUCCCUCCAGAUGGAAAGAAUUCGUCAGCAACCGUGUAUCGGAGAUCCAGCACGUCACCAAGGCCGGGACCUGGAAUCACGUUCCCGGAACAGAGAACCCAGCAGACAUCAUUUCUCGGGGCAUGGCACCCCCACAGCUACAGUACGAGUCCCUCUGGUGGCAUGGACCUCACUGGCUACUCCAAGACCGAGCAAACUGGCCAAAUUCUGAACCGGACGCAAGUCAACUUCAGCCGUCGAUUCUGGAGGAAAAGGGAACUGUUUCUGCACUGUUGCCCAGCGCGGAGCCUAGCGAAAUCUUCAGUCGUCGGUCAUCACUAACAGAUCUUGUGACGCUGGUAGCCUUCCUGCAACGGUUCUGCUUCAACGCGAGAGCCACAAAUCGGGAGCGUCGCAAGCAAGGUCAUCUUACUCUCGCCGAACGUGACGCAGCGCUUCGUUUGCUAGUUUGCCUCGCCCAGAAAGAAUCCUUUCCGCAAGAAUACGCCGAAUUGUCACGUGGUCGAACGAUUCAAGAUUCCUCCCGUAUCGCUUCACUGAAUCCCGAGAUGGUAGAUGGCAUUAUUUGCGUCGGCGGCCGGUUGCGGAACGCCAAGGUUCCUGCAGGCCGGAAACACCCAUAUGUCAUUGAUCAUCGUCAUCCGUUCACCACGAUUGUCAUGACUGAAUACCAUCAGAAUUUGUUCCAUGCAGGACAGCAGCUAUUGGUCUCGUCCGUUCGCGGAAAAUACUGGCCGACAAAUGUUCGCAAUGUAGCUCGAAAGGUUAUUCACGACUGUGUUCGCUGCUUCCGUGUCAAGCCAAAGGUCCACGAGCAACUGAUGGCUGAUCUUCCGUCAGAGAGGGUUACACCUUGUAGUCCCUUCCAACGCGUUGGCAUCGAUCUGUGUGGACCGUUCCAAGUUAAAUACCCUCAGCGUUCUGCCCGUCCCGUGAAGUGCUUUGUCGUCGUCUUCGUCUGCCUAGUAACAAAGGCAGUUCACCUGGAACUGGUAGCUGAUCAAACGUCGCAGGCAUUCCUAGCUUCCCUCAAACGGUUCACGUCCCGACGCGGAAGACCUACUCUCAUCAUGUGUGACAACGGCAGAAAUUUCAUCGGGGCCAAGCGAGAGUUGGCUGAGCUGCGGAAGCUUUUCAUCGACCAGCAGUUCCAGAGCUCCGUGGUCCGAGAAUCAGCGAACGACAACAUAGAGUUUCGUUUCAUCCCCGCCCGCUCCCCAAACUUCGGAGGAUUGUGGGAGAGCGCAGUGAAGUCCAUCAAAACACUGUUGAAACGAACCAUCGGGGCAAGAAUCCUGCAGUACGACGAGUUCCAGACUCUGCUCACGCAAAUUGAGGCAGUUCUAAACUCUCGCCCGCUUACUCCGGUUAGCAAUGACCCCAGUGACUACGAGGCUCUAACACCGGGUCAUUUCCUCAUCCAACGUCCGUUGGCAGCAAUUCCGGAGCCAAACCUUGAUGGCUUACCGGAAAACCGACUGUCUGCAUGGCAAACCGUGCAGCAUUUUGUGCAACUUUUAUGGAGGAAAUGGUCCACUCAAUAUUUGUCGAACCUGCAUAACCGCACAAAAUGGACCAAGAAGCGAGACAACGUGAAGGUCGGAACGAUGGUGGUGCUGAAAGACGAGAAUCAACCACCGUUGAGUUGGCUUCUGGGUCGGAUAACAGAGGUACACACCGGAGCAGACGGAAACAUUCGGGUAGUGACUGUCCGAACGAAGGAUGGCAGCUUCAAACGAGCAAUAUCGAAGGUCUGCAUCCUUCCAAUCAGCGACAAUUUCCAAUCGUCAGCAGGGGAGAACUAG